AUGCAGUUCUGGAAAUACUCAACAAGCGCAUUGGCUACUCUUUUAGCCGUUGUGUCGAUUACGCAAGCUGGUGGACCCGCUGACGGUGAGGCUGCUGCAGAUCCAAACAGUGCUGUUGUCAAAUUGACCUCGGAGAACUUUGCCAGCUUUCUUGAGGAAAACCCGUUGGUUUUGACGGAGUUUUUUGCGCCAUGGUGUGGCUACUGCAAGAUUUUGGGCCCGGAGUUUUCAAAAGCUGCCGACGCGUUGAAUGAGAGCUACCCAAAGAUCAAGUUGGCCCAGGUUGACUGCACCACGGAGGAGGCGUUGUGCAUGGAGCACGAAAUUCGAGGCUACCCCACUUUGAAGAUUAUUAGAGACGGUGACUCAAAAAAGGCUGAAGACUACCAGGGACCUAGAGAACACGAAGGCAUCGUUGACCACAUGAUUAAGCAAUCGUUGCCUGCCGUUCAAGUGCCCGAGUCCUGGGACGAUUUGGAAAAAUUGGUUGAAGAGCAAACCAAACCUUUUGUUUUGCAAGUCAAUUCUGCCGCAGAUGACAUUUUCAACAAGGUUGCCAACUUGAAGAGAAAGAAUUUUGCCUUUAUUGACGUGGACAAGGAGUAUUUGAAGCAAUUGGGUGAAAAAUUGGGCAAGGAUUUGCAAAAGGCUGAAUAUUUGGUUGUCCAUCCUAAACAGCUUGCCGAUGCCGCCGUUUAUGAAGGCAAGGCCGAGUUGGAGAAGUUGUCCGAGUGGAUUGAUGUGGAAACUGUGCCCUACUUUGGCGACAUUGACAGAGACACUUAUAUGUCAUAUAUGUCCUCGCCAUUGCCAAUUGCCUACUACUUUUACAAGACCCCUGAAGAAAGAGAAGCUGUUUCCGAAAGCUUGAGCAAGUUGGGCAAGAAGUAUAGAGGCAAGUUGAAUGUGGUGGGUUUGGAUGCAAACUUGUUUGGAAGACACGCUGAGGCCAUCAACAUGAACCCCGACAUUUUGCCCUUGUUUGCGAUUCAGCACAUUGAAGAGAACAAGAAGUAUGGAGUUAAUCAAACCGAGCACCCCGAAGGUCCAUCAGUGGAGGUUAUCGAGCAGUUUGUUGAUGACUUUUUUAACGGCAAGUUGACCCCAAUAAUCAAGUCUGAACCAGUGCCAACUGCUGAAGAGAUUGCUGCUAACCCCGUGGUCAAGUUGGUGGCUCACAACUACAAUGACAUUAUGAACAAGACUGGCAAGGACAUUUUUGUUAAAUACUAUGCUCCAUGGUGUGGACACUGCAAGAAGUUGGCUCCAACUUGGGAAGAAUUGGCUGAAAUCUACGGUUCCAAUACAGAUGAUGCCGAAGUUAUAAUUGCCGACAUUGACCACACCGCCAAUGACGUUGACGUUCCUUACGAGAUCCAAGGCUACCCAACAUUGUUGAUCUUCCCAGCCAACGGUGAAGUUGACGAAAAGACUGGUAUUAGGAAACCAAUUGUGUUUGAAGGCCAAAGAGAAUUACAAGCGUUGCUUGAUUUCGUCAAGGAGAAAGGUGCAUUGAAGGUUGACGGUUCUGAAUUACAAGCGAAAUUGAAGAAGGAAGCUGGAGAAAAAGUGGAAGACGUCAAGGAAGAUGCUGAAAACUUAAAGGAGGAAGUUGAACACGAUGAGUUGUAG